CUUCCUCCCAUCGUCGUUUUUGGUUCCCGAAUUCUUCCAACACCGUCUCUUCUUUCCACCAAACAUCGCGUGCUCGACGCCCGUCAACUUGAUCUGCGACAUAGCGUCAUAGUGACAGCACACCACCCCCUUCAUCUAUCUGCUGUGUGCCGAUUUGAUCCUUGCAUCCAAUUCACACUGGCCCCGCGAGACCCUCUCAAGGGGCAGUCAACACGACCAGGGACCGUCGAUCAUCAAAUCAGCCCAAUAAUCCAGCCAAACACCUGCCGUGCCCACUUUGUCAGCUGCUCGCUCCUUUGAGCAAUCUUGGCCAGAUUAUUCUCAGACUUCCACCUCGAGCCUCGAUUUCUCUCUUCCUGCGACUUGGAUACGGAGACACAUUCUUUUUCAAGACAAUUUCCCUACUUGUCUCAUUCGCCCUACCAUUGUCGAACCAACCCGUAAUAUCGGCCCUAGCUUCGUCGAGUGAGGCUAACCGCCCCCAAAAAAACGCCGACCGAUCUUCGCCAUCAGCUUACCCCGCCAACAACCUUUGAUCUCGCGACCGCAACCCCGACCGACCUUUAUCUCCCGAGCCAUCGCCUGACCCUCUUCGAUCGUUGGGCGGCUCUUUUGGUCUCGAUUCUUUCCCCCCUCCAGCACCCUCAUCACAUUGUCUGUUGGCCGCAGCAAUGGCUUCCAACGGCGCCAACGGAGCAUCUCCGUCACCUCAGGUUCAGCCCUGCAGGUACAAGGUCGGCAAGACGCUUGGUGCCGGUUCCUACUCCGUCGUCAAGGAGUGCGUUCACAUUGACACCGGUCGCUACUAUGCCGCAAAAGUCAUCAACAAGCGAUUGAUGGCCGGCCGAGAGCACAUGGUUCGCAAUGAAAUCGCAGUCCUCAAAAAGGUCUCCAUGGGCCACCAGAACAUCCUGACACUUGUCGACUACUUUGAAACGAUGAACAACCUCUACCUCGUGACCGACCUGGCUCUCGGUGGCGAGCUCUUCGACCGCAUCUGCCGUAAAGGCUCAUACUACGAAUCCGACGCUGCAGAUCUUAUCCGGGCGACGCUCUCUGCCGUUGCUUAUCUGCAUGACCACGGCAUUGUCCACCGCGAUCUGAAGCCCGAGAACCUCCUGUUCCGUACACCGGAAGACAACGCAGAUCUCCUAAUUGCCGAUUUCGGACUGAGCCGCAUUAUGGAUGAGGAGCAGUUCCACGUGCUGACCACGACAUGCGGUACCCCUGGCUACAUGGCCCCCGAGAUCUUCAAGAAGAUUGGUCACGGCAAGCCUGUAGAUGUAUGGGCGCUCGGUGUCAUCACCUACUUCCUUCUGUGCGGUUACACGCCAUUCGACCGCGAUAGCGAUUUCGAGGAGAUGCAAGCCAUCUUGAACGCCGACUACAGCUUCACCCCCUUCGACUACUGGCGGGGUGUUUCCGAUCACGCCAAGGAUUUCAUUCGUCGCUGCCUUACUAUUGACCCGAACAAGCGCAUGACGGCGCACGAAGCCCUACAACAUCCCUUCGUUGCCGGCUAUCUCAACAACGGCGAGGGCGAAGGCCAGAACUUGCUGCCCACUGUCAAGAAGAACUUCAAUGCUCGUAGGACGCUGCAUGCUGCAAUUGACACAGUUCGUGCCAUCAACAAGCUUCGCGAGGGCCAGAGCCAUCUGAUGGACGGGGCCAAGUCGAAAGAGCCUGGACGUGGCGCUGCCGCACUCAAGACCCAGCAAAAUGCAAGGAAGGACGAUAGCGCCAUCAGUCUCGGCAACGGGGCCCACAAGGACUCGGGCUAUGGAACGCAACCCGAAGCCGACAGCCAGAAUGAUGUGGUCAUGUCCGAUGCAGGCCCAGCACCCAGCAGUGUCCCAGCAAGUUUGCGGCCAGGCAGUGAGCAGAACAAGGUCGUGGAGACGAGCAAGGGACUGUGGAGUGGUCCAGCAUUGCGGCGAUAGCCUCGUCGUAAUGUGGUACCAUGUGUGAAAAUCACGGCACCCCGGGAGGAAAAGCAUGAUGCAGACAUGAGUCGCCUUACAGUAGUAAUGGAUUCUCUUGGUAGGUCUCACGCUCCUUCGGGACUCAAUUGUCUGCGCAAAGAGACUCUCAAAGGUCUGUUCGCCAACAUGCGAGGCGCUCGUGCAGCAAAGCGAUCAGAUCCUUUGUCGGAUCGCAUUGAGUCUGACAGCAUAUGGCUCUAUGAGAAGAACGUGAGCUUGGAGACGAAGAAUUGGAUGACGGGAGAAAUGGCAGGAAAACAAGAUACCUCGGGUUGAUGUCCGCGGACUGGCUCCGUCAUUGGACGAUAUACACACACAACGGAUUGGUGGCUGAUUCGCGGAACCGCCCCUUUACUUUUCUUUGCGUUUUGAUGUGCAGGCGACUUCCUAUAGGCAUAUAUCGAGAACAGGACGACACACGGCCUACUUUAAUGGCAAC